AUAGUGAAGACAACUUUCCAAACGCUUACGCUUUUGAUUUCGCUUCCUCCCCCUUUUCAAAUGGUGCAGUCAUAUGCUUCUGCUAUGUUCAGAGUAUUGAAAGCGGACGAUUACAGCCCAGCGGCACAGCAGCAAAAUAUUCUCGCCUUGGGGAAAGGCUCCUCACUAUUUCCGACGGACAAUCAUAGCUCAAAGGAUGGACGUGAAACUAGAGGAAGUGGUAGAGAGAGUGGCCAGGAUCGUGUCAAGCGACCCAUGAACGCUUUCAUUGUGUGGUCUCGUGAUCAAAGGAGAAAAGUGGCUCUAGAGAACCCUCAAAUGCAAAACUCAGAGAUCAGCAAGUGGCUGGGAUGCAAGUGGAAAAUGCUUACAGAAGCCGAAAAGCGCCCAUUCUUCGAGGAGGCACAGAGGCUACAGGCGGUGCACCGAGAUAAAUACCCGGGCUAUAAAUACCGACCUCGUCGCAAGGGAGAGAGGGCACAGAAUUUGCUUCCGGCAGAGGCGGCAGUACUAUGCAGCCAAGUGCGCGUAGAGGAGAGGAUGUAUCCCUUCACAUACACAGUCGCCAAGGCCAAGUGCUCAGGAACAGAAAGCCAGUUAAGUCACUCACAGCCCAUGAACAUAACCAGCUCACUUCUGCAACAGGAGGAUCGCUGCAACUGGACAGGCCUGUGCCACAGUAGGGUAACAUCCACCCGGCAGAUCCGCGCCGACUUGCCUUUUCACCGUGGUUUACAGCCGGGACUUUCUCACAUUUAUUUUCCAUAUUGAUUUCCUUUACUGUCGCGAACAGAGGGCCUAUUCAUCUCAGUUUUACUGUUAUUUCACCUGUGACUUAGUUUCAGAUUAAGGCAGAUUAACAUGUUUGACCUAUAAAGAAUUAGGGCAUGCCAAUAUGACUCAACCUGUCUUUACGACUGCUUAAAAGAGCACUACCUUAAUAAGAAAGUAUCUUAACACACAAACUGCUUGAUUUCGAAAACCAUCUGUUUUUCCUUCUAAUAGAACAAUUUUUUUAUACCUAAUUUUAGUUGUUCCCGUGAUUAGCCAUUAAGUACGUAACAGUAUAUAUUAGUAUUCUGAUAAUCCUUAGCAUAGCUGAUAGAAUUCUCUUUAUUCUCACUGUCAAAACUGUAGUGCUGGGGAGC